UUGUCAAUGCUUUCCCUUUUAUAAUAAUUGCUCUUUUGAAAUAUUCUACGUUGCACAUUGUCCGUUUUAAAUCCAAUUUUCCUCUUACCGGUAUUUGAUUUAUCUUUUAGUGUGUUUCAAACCAGACCGUUCUGAUGAGGACCAGAGGCAGAGGAAGGGGUCGUGGUUGGCGUGGCAGAGGCCGCAUAGUUAGUGUGGCGCCUGAGACUGAAACAACUAAUACACAAGAAACAAAUGAGCAAACACAAAAUAGUGAUACUGAACAGCCAGCUAAUACCAAUAAAGAGAAGCGCAAAAGAAGCAAGCCAUUAGAAAUACCACAAGAAAAGCAGGAUGAGGUGGCAGAUUGGUAUAGAGAAAACGAACCUCUAUACAACAAAGCUCAUUAUCAGUACAAAGAUACUGCUCUCAAAAAUACACGAUGGCAAGCAAAAGCUAAUGAGCUAGGGGUAGAGGAUUGGAAGACUCUCAGGACAUGAGUUGAGUCAAUGAGAUCUCAGCUCGGAAGACUGACACGA